GUGGUGCAGUUGAGCAGAGAGAGAGAGCCAGCAGUGAGUGAGUGAGGCGCCAGAGCGGAGAGGUGACAGCGGAGAAUGGAGAGGAGCCCGUCCGCCCGGCGAGCUUUGAGCGCGGCGAGCGAGGAGAACCCACUCGGCCCUUCUUCUCUUCUGGAGCCAGCGUGCUGAAAGAAAACCCGGGGAGGAAUUUAACUGGGAGGGGGGUGGGGGGGGAGGCAAAGGAAAGGAAUGGCUGAUCCUCUGCGGAGGACUUUACUAGCGAAACUCCGGGGGAAGAAAUCCAAGAAAGGAGCGACGGCCGGCGGUGGUGGAUACGGCUCUCCUGCUGCGUCUGCGGCGGUGAAUGGUGGCCGAGAAGGUAAAGAAAAAGUUGUGCAAACGCAGCGAGACUCCGACUCCGAGGAGGCUCGCCCGGUAGUGUUGCUCACAGCAGGGCUGCUGGAGGAGAGAAUGAGUACGUACGAGAAUUGUGUUGACGGAGCGAUGGUGCAAACUGUGAUAGUCCCGCAGGAGAGUUGUUGUUGCGCAGCGGAGGUGUCCGUAGUUGGCGCACGGCGGCUCCAGGGGCGCAGCAGCAGCAGUAGAGGGGUCAGGGGGGGCAGGGUUCACGAGCAGCUCCAGGGGGUCCCACUUCAAAGCGAGGUGCAGUUUGGGGGGGAAGAGAGUGAUAGGGGACUCAGAUCCGCUGGCAAAAUCACCUUAUCUGCGGGGGUCCCACUUGGAGGACUGCAUGUCCAGAAAAAACACUUCUUCGUGUCGGUGCCGCGCCAGCGCAGCGUCGGCGACUCAAUCGGGUUUGGGGACAAUUCAAAUCACGUUUUGUACCGAGAGCCGCACACAGGGGUCGGUAAACCACCAGAGGGCCCGGCUCCUACUACCGCUGAUAGUGAUGAGCCCAGAGACGGAGGAGGACACUCCCGGCACAUGGCAGCAGAGACCGUCCAUAGAGACUGUAGUGUCCAUGAACACAACAACGCCAACUGGAGUUGUGACAACAACCGAACUUUGGAGGCACACUCGCCAGAUUGCGCGGCACACGUGCAUCCAAACUGCGCCUCAGAAGAAAACAUUGUGAUCAGAAACGUGGAGAGUUACGAGCCUGCUGAGUAUGCAGGGGACGUCAGAGGGACCUUUUUCCCCACGGAGUUAGACAUAUGCGACAUUAACGUGGCAUCCCUGUGCGUCCCAGAGGGGUCACUAAUUAGAUACCCGUUAGAUAGCGAAGAUGAGGAUUAUUAUGAUAACGAAAUUCUGCCUUUUUAUGAAAGUUUAAGAACAAAAAGUGAUGAUGGUGACAGAGCAGAGGUUGCAGAGCAGCCGGGUCAGGAUAAAGGUCAGCUGGAUGAUGGUAACAACAGCGCCCAGGAAACAGACAGGCUUAGGAGCCAGCUGAAAGAAGCUUACUACCUUCUUAUCAAUGCUAUGAAUGAUAUCAACCUGGAUGUCCAGCAGAUUAGUGGAGGUUUAACUGAGCAGCAGGCCACCUCCUCCUGCAGUAGCCACUCCAGGGACAGCCUGUGCUCCAGGUUGUCCGCCAAAAACAUGGACAGUGACUCAUGGUCCUCGGGAGGCGACCACAGCGCUCAGCAGGUGUCUGACACUGACUCACUGCUGCUUUGCCUCAGUGGGAACCUUGAGUCAGGCCUCAAAGGCGGGCUGAUUAGUAAGAGUGCGGUGAACCUGUCCUUGACCAAGAUGAGACCCACAUUACGGCGCUCUGCCAGUGAGGGAGCUAUCAGGUACGCAGGUGGACCCUCACUCUGUGUUCAGGCACCUGGAAGUCAAGACCUCAGUGGUGAUAAAGGGGCCACAGAGGCUGAAGGGUUUAAAGCUACAGGAGUGAGGGAGCUGUCAGAACCGCAGGUGCUUUACAACGCCAUCAGCAGUGAUGAGCUGCUACAAGAUGCUGGCGGUGACGAAGACCGUGGCGGGCAGUUCAACGAGAGCGGCGGCUCAGUCAACAGCCUUACAGGUUCUUCGGACAGCAACGCCGACGCAUCGACAAAUCGGGGUCACGACAACAACAAGCAGGAGCUGACUGGCGUCCGAGCACGCUCUGUCAACAAGGGGCACGGCGUCACCGUCAACAAGAUGCAAGAGUGGAUGCACAAGGGCCGUUUGUUGUCCUCCGAGAUGAAGCAGCGCAUCGAGGGCUCGUCUUUGCCCCACGGCGGAGGCCAAAGUCAGGACCACCGGCCCUGUCCACAGGGUAACCUCGGUGCGUGUAAACCGGAGGUCCAGACAUCCAGCCGAGGGGUUAAAUCUGUCAAGGCCAAGUCACCACCAGCUUUCAUUGAGAAUGUCCAAACCCCCUGUGCUAACGGCCGGGAGGUGGGCAGGGCCAGUGAGUCUUCGUCGUGGCGGCCGCCGCUCACCACCAUCACCGUCUCCAAGAAACGCAAUUGGCUGCAGCAGAGCUCCCUCGGGAAGAAUCACUGCGCCAAGGACGAGCUGCAGGGAAUGCUGGGAACUGAGGAGGAGGGCUCCCAUCAGUCGCCACCUCCUCCCAGUCCCUCUCCAGACCACCUGAGACCCUCAGGGGGAGCUCCAUCACGGCCGGCCCGCCUACACCUGCCUCAGAUUACCGUCGGUCAGGCCAAGGUGUCUCCUCACCCUCGGAGCGUGGACCCAGCCGAGGAGAACGACGCAGACGACGAAGGAGAGAUCUGGUACAACCCCAUCCCCGAGGACGAUGAACUGGAGAUGUCUCGCCGACCCUCCGUUCGGCUGCUGGUUCCCCCUCGAUCAGAGUCCCAGAGGAGGCCCAGCAGGGGAGGGGAUGCGGGUCACGGUGGCAGGAACCUGGGAGGCGGCGGUAGCGCCGUCGGGCCGGAGGCGCUCGGGGAAAGCCUAGGCGGCGGCGUCGGCGGUUCAGGAGAUGGGAGUCAGGGGAAUGCUGUACAUUCCACAGAGGCACUACAUCUGCACAGACAGAUGCUCGCGUGCAAACCUCAGGAGGAGGGGGGGCCUUCCACCAGCAGAGCCACAGAUGGUGCUGACCUGCCCAACGCCGUCAGCUCCCCUCCCUCCAGCCCGAACCCGGCCAAGAAGAGCAGCUCCCUAAACUGGUCCUUCCCAGACAAGAUCAAGUCCCCGCGCACCGUGAGGAAGAUCUCCAUGAAGAUGAAGAAGCUUCCGGAGCUUAGCCGGAAACUCAGCGUCAAGGGGACCCCGAGUAGCAGUAACAGCAACAACGGCACCGGAAGCAGUCAUUUAGAGCCCAGAGCCCAUUCUCCCCGAAACAACGUGAGCGGGUCGGAGGUCGUCCCCCAUUCCUCGGGCACUCCCAGGUUAGCUGCGUCUGGGGGUGGACAGGCGAGCCGUAACGUGAUCUCACGCUACCACCUGGACAGCAGUGUGUCCACGCAGCACAGCUUCAGCAAGAAGAAAAGUAACGGCAGCUCAAAGUCCGCCAGUAAAGGUGGUUACCUCAGUGAUGGGGACUCGCCUGAGCUGGUGGCCAAAUCUGGGAAGCACGGCUCUGCAGAGGGGAAGGGAGGGAAAAGCAAGGAGACGGAGGGAGGAGGCUCUAAACUUAACGGCACGGAGCUGGACAUUGAUGCUUUCCGCCAUUACAGCUUCACAGAACAGCCCAAGUGCAGCCAGUACAUCUCCGGACUGAUGAGCUUGCACUUUUACGGCGCCGAGGACCUCAAACCUCCGCGCAUCGACUCUCGAGACGUCUAUUGCGCCAUCCAAGUAGACUCGGUUAACAAAGCACGAACCGCUCUCCUCACAUGCCGAACUACCUUCCUAGACAUGGACCACACCUUCAACAUCGAGCUGGAGAACGCCCAGCACCUGAAGCUGGUGGUGUUCAGCUGGGAGCCCAUGCCGAGACGCAACCGCGUCUGCUGCCACGGCACGGUGGUGCUGCCCGCGCUCUUCCGGGUGACGCGUAGCCACCAGCUGGCGGUGAAGCUGGAGCCGAGGGGCCUGAUCUACGUCAAGCUGAGCCUGAUGGAGCAGUGGCAGAACUCGUUGGACGGCGGGCCAGAUGGAGACAGGGAGCCUCAGGUGUUUGGUGUGGAGGCGUGGCGGGUGGUGGAGAGGGAGAACACGGGACUGAUGGUGCCGCUGCUCAUAAGCAAGUGCAUCAAUGAGAUCGAAAAGAGAGGCUGCCAGGUGGUGGGUCUCUACCGUCUGUGUGGGUCUGCGGCCGUGAAGAAGGAGCUACGGGAGGCGUUUGAGAGAGACAGCUACGCCGUGGAGCUGUGUGAAAACACGUAUCCUGACGUUAACGUCAUCACAGGAGUGCUGAAGGACUACCUGCGAGAGCUGCCCUGGCCUCUGAUCACCAAGCAGCUGUACGAGGCGGUGUUGGAGUCCAUGGCCACCAGGCCUCUGCGGAUAGGAGCGGCGGGCUGCGAGAACGACCAGGCAGACACGGAACACACCGUCGGCCUGCUGGACAACCUGCCAGACGUGGAGCGGAUGACACUGCAGAAGCUUCUCGACCACCUGAAGUUGGUAGCGUCCUGCCAGGAAGUGAACAAGAUGACGUGUCAGAACCUGGCGGUGUGUUUCGGCCCCGUGCUGCUCAGCCAGCGUCAGGAUGCGUCCUGCCACACCAACAGAGUCUUCAUCGACUCCGAGGAGCUGGCCAGCGCGCUGCACUUCAAGAAACACAUCGAAGUCCUGCACUACUUGCUGCAGCUCUGGCCUGUAAGGGAGAGCUAGCGGUGUCAACAAAGUGUAGGUACACAGAGAUAAAGACAGACAGGUAACCGGACUGUGCUGGUUGUGUUGGAGUGCUCGCUGUUCCCUUUUGGUGGGCACAGUCGGAUGAUUCUUUCAUAAUGUCCAAACAGGGUUUCACUUUAGUUAAUUUUUAAGUUUGGUUUAGUCAACAGUUGAUAACAAAUAGGACAGAAGGAUGGCAUCAAAGUCACAGUGUGUGUGUGCAUGUGUUUGUCUGACUUUGAGCACGGCGUGGCAUGUUCAGAUUAUUUUGGCAGGGCAGAUAUCAGGGCUCCCACGACUCAUGUUGCUGGUUUAUCCAGAUGUUUUUGUUACCCAGAUAGAACUUCAUUCAGAUAAACCUGUGGUCUCAGUUGUGUUAUAAAAAAAGGCCUGUUGUUUUCAAGGCAUGUUUUUUUGACCAUGAAGUUAUCAAAGGGGGACUUGUAACACCUAAUGGGUCAGUUCAUACAAAUUACAAACAAAUUGUACUUUGUCACUUACUGUACUUCAAGUGACAUCUUGCUCUGCAGAUAGUUUUGUGUUUGUGGCACUCAAAGCAUUGAAAAAUUAAAAUUAAAAAAAACUACAGCAGCAGUUUGACUGCCCAUAAACAAAACUCAGUUUUCACUGGAACUACUUUCUACCGAAAAAAUAGUCCCUUUAAAAAUUGGGGUGGUGGUAGAGUCUUAUAUCUCAAAACCUGGGCAGAUAAAACCAAAAAAACAUCUGCAUGGCUAGAUACCAUGAGGGGUAUAUGAGAUUUGUUCUUCUUGUAAUUUGGGUGAACUAACCCUUCAAAUAAAUAUUUUGUCAUUUUGGGAAAUAUUCUUUCCAAAGAUAAACAAAAUCCACUCACUGUAAUAAAACCUCUUGCCGUCUCCCCCUGUUCACACUCGUUAUGCGAAGCUAAGCUAACCAGCUGCUGGCUGUAGCUUCAUAUUUACCGUACAGAGUGGUUUUGAUCUUCUCAUUUAACUCCAGGCAAGAAAUCAAAUAAGCGUAUUUCCCAAAAUGUGGAACCAUUCCUUAAAGGAUAUGAGUUCAAAUGGCUUCUAUACGCGUGAUUAACUCGGCCUGUCUUUUGUCUCUCUUCUUGU